GAGAAGCAGAGAGUUCACCAACGAAAUGCAAGGCCUACGAUCCGUCCUCCGUGAUUCCAACCAAAAGCCCAACCCCUUCAAUGACGUAUCUAUUCAGGCUGACAUCCGAGUGGCCGAUCCCACCACAUACGAGUCGGAAGAUGAGUUAAUGGGUAUGGGGCGGCGCAAGCAGCUGGGGAGAAGCAAGAGAGGGACACCUUUAUACUCCAAGGAAGACAUCAGAGAACAGUAUUGCAUCAAUGAUAAGCAACUUCAUGGCCUGGAGGAUAUCCAGGGCACCGGAGGCUUAUUUGGUUGCCUCUCCUCUUAUCAUGUUGACCUUAGCGACUCAUCCUGCAGUUCGAGAAGUCCUGGGCUACUGUCGGUGUGUGUUCGCCGGAAAGUGCCAUCAGAUGAGAACCUCGCGGAGUUGUGUAGAAGAGCACCUCAUGACUACGCUCCCUUCCCCAGAUGGCCCAGGUACUUCCCACACGACGAAGCUGUUUAUUUUAGGAGAAGACCAAAGUCACUGUGUAAUGACCCUCACGGCUACGCCUGGAUGGCCGAGGAUGAGGAAGCUAUUAGAAUGGAGCGGCCUAGACCUAUUCGUCCAGACGAGUACGAGAUGUGCAACAACUACCCAAGAAGAGGGCCUCAUUACAUGAGCUACAGUUCUGAAUAUUUGGUCGGUCGACACAUGCCCUGCCCUGCUCACCCUCACCUGCCACCCCCGCCGCCUCCGCCUGCCAUACCUACAAUGCCACACAGGACGAAACACGUCAGUUUUGCUCGUUCCCACACAUUAACAUCAUUUGAUGAUGCUAUCGUCAGCAUAGGCAGUGGUGUCGGAUCUUGUAGUCAGGAAAGACUGAUCGAUGGGAAGAAGUCCUUGGAAGUUUUGCAAGAGCCACAAAAAAUUGUUGUUGAAAAGGUGAAAAGAGCUCCCAUGAAAACUCAAGCAACCCAGACUGAAGUAUGUUUGGGAAGAAAACCUUUACCUCCAAAUUACCUCACUUUGAGUCCCAGAACUGUCCACAGAGUAAGAAUGGUUUCACAAGGAGCUCAAACGAAUGGCGACAAGAACAACAGAAGAUUAAUGAAGAGUUUCUCGGAAGUUGGACAGUUUGGGGUGGGAACUGCAGGAAACAACAACAAUGCGGCGGACUCACACGAACCUCUCCAGAGAACUCAGUCUGAGGAACCUCCAAGAUCACCCUUUCUUCCAACAAGCCCAAAAGAAAUCCUAAUUGAUUUUGAGCCAUUGGAACGAAGAGGAAGAAAAAGGCUUUUAGGGAAGACGGUUUCAGAUGGUGAAAUUUUAGAGUCAGCGAGAGAAAAGGAAGAGAGAGGGGAUGGGGCUACUCAGUCUGAUUGUGAGGCUUGCUAUCAAAACACUUCAAUUGAUGAGCCAUCUGAAAAACGUUCUGCGUCAUCAGCCUUUUCAGGAUCGGAGACUACGAGUCCUGUCAAACAGUUAAUAUCAGCUGAUUCACAAGAAGAAGAAUUCCAUGAAAACCUUAUCUAUGGAUCACGGCUGUUCAGAAAACAAAGUACGGGUGAAGAUGCGGACAGUGGCUUAAUGUCGAUGGCUGACCCUAAAGCUCCUCCAAGUACGAAAAUCCAAUCUCCUUUUGCUUCAUCCGACUCACUCAACACCAGGGACCACAGUGAUGGAAUUUGGAAUGAAUCCCAAACAACGAUCCUGCAUGCGGACUCGGACAACAAUGGUGCAGGGACAGGAGUAAGUUGCUCAGAUUUGAGUUCCUCUUUGACACCUUCAGCGGCUAUUAUGAGUCUAACCCCAUCAUCUAGAAGAAAACAUUUACUGAUGCUUCAACAUCAGCAGCGUUCAUCAAUGGACACUGAAGCCUUAGAUGCAGAAGAUUUAGAUAUAGAACAACCUCCUUUAUCCCCGAGAGUAAGAGGAGAACCAGUUCAAACAGUGCCUGUAGUUGCCGUGACAACCCCCAUACAAGAUAGAACAGAAACGUCGAAACCUAUUAUAAAGAACACACUGCCUUAUUUCAAAACACGAAUAGAACAAUCAUUAUCACCUAGUCACAGAGCGAGAAGAAGAAGUCCUGAUCUACGAGUUGCAGACCUAGACAAUCAACAAAAUGACUUGCUAGCAAGAUCAGACUCAGGAAAGACAAACACAGAUAUGUCAGAAACCUCGACCACGACAGAGGACUAUGCGACAGCGACAGAGAACAACUCUGGGACAGACACCAGUUCCAAACUACUGCGGGGAGACUCAGGACCUACCACGACGGCAACCAGUAUCGGAGUGCCAUCGGCCACAGGGAGUUCCUUUGAAAGUGGCUCCUCUCUCUACAGCCUUGCUCGAGCAGAUGCCACAGAGGAGGUCCAGCAGGUGCCUUGUUCACCACCUCCAAUUGUUGAGGAAAAAGAAAAGAAUAAUGAGUUCAGUGAAGAAGUGAGACUGAAAGAUGUAGACUCAAUAAGUGGGGAAAGCAGUAGCUCUGGCAGUUACAGUGUUGAUGGAAGCAGUGGAGAAAAACAACUCUCGGACCGAAGUGGUGCCUGCUCUUCUCCUGGGGAGUACGAGUCUCCUGUUGAGGAACAUUCAAAAUCAAGAUCGUGGACUGAGGAAGAGAGAACUGAAGCGAAGAGAGGUUUCAAGUUGGAGCUGUCACCUAAAAAGGAGCAAGCAUCAAGUGCUCCAGCAGUGAUUACUCCUCAACGUGGAGUAUUUCCUCAGCACAAAUCUCCAAACAGAGAGGCAGAACAAGAGGUGCCAAAACGGCCUAAAGGUAAAACACAGAGCCCAAUUCAGCCUUCUGGAAAACACACUCCUACUCAGGUUGUUGUCAGCAAUGGUAUGGGUGGAGAGUCAUCUGAGGAUUCAAGUGGUGAGUGUGCCUGCGGUCGACAACGCCGCACUCGACGCAAGUCUGGUGGACGCAGCCCAACUUCUCAUAAUCGUAUGAGAAGAAGGAGUAAUAGUGGUGAUGAAAAUAAUCGGAGAAGAAGCUCUUUAGCUCCCAAAUCACCAAGUCCAGUAGCUCCAGAGGACAACAACACAUUGAGAACUAAUUCUCGUCUGUACCCUGGACAUGAAGCAGUCAGAAGCCCAGGUGGAAGUCCGAGUAGAAGAGGUAAACCAAAGGGUAUCACCAGUCCAGAUGCUGCUCGGUUGAAAGCACUGAGUGCUGAGAGUUUGCGCUCAGUUAGCCCUGGGAGUGACUCGGUUUUCUAUAGUGAACAUAGUAGUGCCACUGCCACCCUAACCGAACAGGCCACCUGCCACCACUGUGGGCGCAAUGUCAAUACUUCACCUCCGUUAGCAGGUGUUGUUGGAAGUGGGGAGAGUAAUGGAAAUGAUCGCAACAAUGGUGUAAGAGAGACAAUUGUCCAGCCACCAGCAGGGUUUGCAGACUCACCCCGACCUGCCCACAGAGACCGAGCCACCACUCCGGCACCCAGACUAUACAAGAAAGCAGACAAACGGUUCCGUUCUGAGGAGAGGAGACACCAGGCCAGAGUACAUGCCGAAGCAGUUAGGGCUAAAUCUGAAGAGCGGGGCAGGGAGGAGAAAAAGGAGAAAGUAAGGCCACUGACCAGGUCUACUGAUGCAAGUAUGGAGAAGUUAAGGUGCAGUCCCAGCAGCCUGUGUUCUGAUGACGAUGAUUGUGGGAUUUACGCAGAUUCCUACCACAGUUCUACCUGGGUAUAUAUUGGUGACAAUGAGGAACUUCAAGUCUGGCAGAGGCCUACCAGUAAAGAUGAUGAAACAUCAAGAAGAGACUCUGUAGAUUCUACAGGAUCGGAAAGAGAGUUCAGGAGACGAUAUCAGGCCAUUACUCAUCGCAUGGUUCAUCGAAAGUCGAGUUUGGAAAUGUAUAAACGUUUAGCAUCAAAGUCCUUUGAAAGUGACAAGAAAGUGAUGGUCCGCCGUGUGUCUGGAGAGUUUGGAUUCCGUAUCCAUGGCUCAAGACCUGUUGUUGUAUCAGCCAUUGAGCCCUCUACCCCAGCAGAGACCUCAGGGUUGGAAGUGGGAGAUAUUGUCAUCAGUGUAAAUAAGAUCAAUGUGUUGGAUGCCAGCCAUUCUGAUGUUGUCAAACUUGCUCAUGGAGGAUCAGACACAUUAGAGCUGGAAGUUGCAAGAACAAGUGAUGUAUUUUCUCCAGGAAAUGUUACAAAACCUGUAAUGUGUGGUAGUUUAUCACGUCUUUCAAGUUCUUCCAAAAACCGGGGAACUUGGAUCCCCAGACAUUUUGUUCUCAAGCAAGAUCACUGCCUUUACUAUUACAAGACUGAAACCGACUCACAACCUGUAGGGGCAGUGCAUCUUGCAGGCUACAGCAUAACCCGAACUCCAGACUCAGGUUAUCCUCACAGUUUCCGCCUGAGCAAGAAAAGUGCUCUCAGCCUCCAUCUUGCUGCCAACUCAUCUGACAAACUUGAACAGUGGAUCAACGCUCUCAGUUCAGCAACUAAACCUCUGGAAGAGCCAUGGUUGGAUGAAAAAACUUUAAAACUGCCUCCAACAAGAAUACAACAGCCUGAGUGUGCUGGAACACUCUGUACUCUGGUGCAUCACAGGGGUAAGGCCUGGAGACGGAGGUUCUGUCUUCUGAAAAAUGCUUGCUUGUACUUCUACUCAGACAUUAACGCUGAUUGUGCAUCAGGAAUGGCGUGUCUGCAAGGCUACAGAGUACAAAGUUCAGCAUCAGGAGCCAAAAGAUUCGCUUUUGAACUAGUACCUCCAGAACCAUCUCUGAAACAUUUUUACUUCUACACCGAUACAGAAAUGGAUAAGAAAAGGUGGCUUGCGGCACUAGAAUACUCAAUAGAUAGAUGGAUAAAAGUAAGUUGAACCGAAGGAAACGAAGACGUCCUGACUGAGAAUUGUGAACAUGACUUCUGUCCCAUCACGGAAAUAAAGUCCGAUUCGAAAACGAAAUAAUAAGUUUUACGAAAUGUAUAUUUAUAUAUACACAGUUUUAUUACUAAGUAAUAAAAUGAGUCUGGAGUAUAUAUUUGAUUGUGUUUAUUUAAAAAAACAAACUGCAUGUAUAUUUCCAGGAAAUAUUGUUAGCAGUUAUGAGUGGUUAGUGUAGUAUAGUGAAGGUCUGUUGUCAAUGUGUGUGUCACCUCUCCUAACCGAGUACAAGCCACAAGUCUGGCUAAACACAGUAAGCCAACACCAACUGGGUACAUUAUCGCUAAUGGGAUUCAAUUAUCAUUGAAGUGAAUGUAUUUUUAUAUUUUUUUAUAUUUAGUUGGUUCCUAUUUAAUGAUACACAGUAGUUAUAUCACAGGUUCACAGUUUCUAAUUGUUUUGGAAAGUUUACAUAACAUUUGUAUACAUUUUAGUCCAUUAAAAUGUUUAUGCAAUUAUCCGUGAUGUUUUAGAGUAUUUUAAAAUCAUAGUUCACCAGGAGCGGCUUAUACAGAGAAUGUUCUUGUAAAUAGAAACAUUGAUAAUAUAUGACUAAUUUAAUGUGUGUUAAAUGUUUUCCUAUUGUUUAGUGCUAUAUUUUGAUACAAAAUAAAUCUGUUCAAAAAUAUAUAUAUAUGUCAUGUUACAUAAUACAAUGUAAAUAAUGUAGCUAAUGAACAUAUCGUUGGUAAUAUACCACAAGAUAUGCCCAAGAGAUUAAUUUGGCAAGGUGUAUCUUGUUAGUCGUUUCGUGUUUGAAAUUCUAAAACUAAUUCCUAGUGGUUUUUGUAGAUAUGUUAUACUUCCAUUGCAUGCCAAAAUUAUAAAUGCUGUGUUAAAAAUUAAACAAGGAUUAGAAGAUUUCUGAAAUAUAUUUGGAUUGACAGUUACAAAUACACAUGUUUCUAUAUGUACUUAUAGAUUAAUAAUUGGCAAGAAAAUUAUUAUUUGAAAUAAAACAAAAAUGUUUUAUGUGUUUAUUACAUAGUGAGUUAAAAAAUAUGUUAAUAUAGUGAACAUCAAAAUCUGUUCUUGUUUUAUUUUUAAUCAUUAAAGAAAACUGAAAAUCCUUUCUUUUUUUAUAAAAAACAUAGUAAUCAUAAGAAAUUCCCAUCUUACUCAUUGAUCUUGUUACCAAUAAAAAAUAGUAGUACAUGCUGAAAGAUAUAACAUAAAAACCUUAUGUAAUAUCUUAAGCUUGUUACACUAAGCAUGUCAUAUCUUGGAAUCUGUUUCAUACGUAACAAGUAUAUAAAAUACAAACCUUCAAAUUCUAGUGCUUCAGUACUUUACUGUACAUUUAAUGCACGAAUAAAAUUGCUAAAGGCAAUUCUUAAUGAUCCUGUGAUUAGAUUCUUCUUAGUAACAGAAUACCUAUCUUUAAAGAAUUCUCUAACAUUUACAUUCUAUUCACAACAGGUAUGAAUAAGUUUAUGUUCAAAGACCUAUUUACGAGCACUUAGUGAUGUGCCAUUCUUUGAGUUGUAAAUUCGAAGAAUUUCUUGUAAAUCAAAAUGUUUAAAUUAUUGUCUGAACUAUAUAAACUUGCCAAAUGAGCUUCUUGUGUUUAAAUGAUCAAAAGGCCUACAUAGUGUUUUAAGGUGAGAUUAAGUGAUAAAUAUAUUAUUUGUAAGUUCAUACAUUGUACAUUUUAUGCACGUGAUAGAUUGAUAAUAGAGUGAUCGCACCUGGGAUUUAAAACAAGGUUUUCAGUAAAUCUCUUCAAUGUUCAUAUUUUAUAUUUCAUAGAAGUGAAUUUCACAGUUCCCCGAAUCCUGUUGUAGGUCUGAAUUAUCUACUCCCUGAUCUUUAUAACGAGUUUGACAGAGUUAAUAUUUAAUGUCUUAUCUAUGUUUAUAUUGUAUCACUUGUAGUAGGUUUUAAAUAUUAUAAUUUAUCUUGUAGAAUUCAUCAUAAUGAUCAACUUAUUUAGUUACAUGUUAAUACAGAAAAGAAGAAAUCCAAUGUGAAACAGCCCAGACAACAUGAUCAUGCUAAUCAAGCACUCAGUUAUUGCUAAGAUUACCUGUUUGUUCUGCUAAACCUGUUUAAACUGCUCUAACACUGUACCUGAUCAGAGAUACUUUACUCUCAUUCAAACCUGUAGUAAUUUUCUUACAAAAUUUUUAAAAUAGAGUGAAAUGGAUUUAUUACAAAAUAUUCUCAACGAUGAUCUAUAUCAUACUAAUUACGAGUUACAGUGUAAGGAUAUAAUUAAUUGUAAGAAUUCAGUACGAGUAUAACCACACUAUCUCUCUUGUAUUCCUAUUUAAAUAAUAUAACAAGUAAAUGUCAUCUGUGUUAUUUUUUAUUUUAAGGAUCACAAUUCUGUUCCUAAUUCAUAGUUAAAACAAAAAAAGUAUUGGACAGAGAGGAAUUGUUUAAUUAUUGCUCAAAACCUGCUCUCAGACAAAUACACGUGAUCUAUGAAAUGCUCUAGUGAGCUAAGUCGGCUUCAGCUGAGCAUAUCAAUAUACUUAAUAUGUUGUAAUAUUCUGAAAAAAAAAAAACUGUUUUGGCAUGGACAAAUAAAUAUUAUUAAGAUUGUUUUAUAUGAUAAUGUUGACCUACAUGUGUACAUUUUAUCCUAGUAGGCCUACUCUAGAAUUAAAUUUACACUGACUAAAUUAUAAGACUUGCCCAUUCUGUGCUUGUAAGAGCAUGUAUUGUGCUAUAUUACAGUAGCUGUAACACACAAUGAUGAGCACAUUAUACGUUUCAGUGUGAAAUCGUGUUACUAGGUUUUAACAUGAAAGUUGAACAAAUAAAGUAACUAAAUUUUAAAUUAACAUUUAUAUGAGAAAAUAAUGAACACAAAUAAACAAAGUUACCACUGGAUACACUUCAUGGGUUUCAAGUGACUUUAAUUCCAUGAACAAACGUUGUACCCAAUUUACUUCAGUUGUUCUAGUAGUUUUUAUAAGUUUAAUGUUUAAGUUUCACAAAAAUUAGGAAUUAGUGUGUAUCUAAAUAACAAACUGAACCAUUUUAAAGUGUUUUAAUAAAAACAUGAUUCAAUACAUAAAAAUGUAUUUGUUAAUACAUAGGGAGAAUUUGAGUAGUAAAAAACAAAUGGAAUGUAAGAACAUUUAAUUUUGUUCUCCUGAAUAUGUAAAGGGGUUUUAAUAUUAGGCUGUUAAGUAAAAUUUUCCAAAAUCGCACAAAUGUCAAAGGCUCAAAGUCAUUAACGAAUUAUAGUUGAACCUUACACUGCCAUUUUUUGCUCUGUAUGACAACUACAGCUGGAGAGGAAACUGUAACAAUUGAACAUAUUAUUGGAAGUUUAAUAAUAUUGUUCCAAGUACCCAUCAAAAUUUAGUUACUUACUUAACAUUAAACAUUUUAUAAUAUUGAGUAUUUAUACAUUGCAACUUAAAGAAUAUUAAAUCGGUCAACACUAUUGUAAUUUUUACAGACAUAUUUUGGUUCAUGUGUCUCUGGAAUUUAAACUAAAACACCACAAACACAACAUUUUUGCUUAAUAAUUUAAGUAAUAAUGUGGUUUAUCUAUAACAAAAUAAGCUAAAUUCUGUAUAUUCGUUUAUCAAAGCCAACUCCAAAAAAUUGAAAUGUUCAGCUACCAAAAAGUUUUUAAACAUUACAAACAAUAGUUACUAAAUUAUAAGAUGACUUUUAAAGAAUUCCAUGUAUAUGAAUAUGUAAUUUUAAUAACUCCUGAACUACAAAUUGUCAAAGUCAAAACAUUAAAACUAAUCAGUUAGAGAGAUAAUUUUAAAAUCUAUUUUUACUUGAAAACAUUAUACAAGCAAACCUUACACAGACAGUCCCAAUUAUGUCAAACUAUUUACAAGUAAGCAGAAAAUAAAAUUCACAUGAAAAACCAUUGAAUAUUUCUGUAUGAAUUUUCAAUGCAAAAAUUCUAAAAAAAUGUCUGUUUUAUAUUUAAAAAGAUCAAAUUAACUGUAGCAGUAAACAUGCUUUAAGUAGUUUUUACAAUAUUUAAUUACAUUGAUGAAUGUACUGUAACUCAAAGAUAAAAGUUGUUGGCUUGUGAAAAUUCUGUCCAUACCUAACUAUUAUUAGUCGAAAGUCACAUCGUCUCACAUUUUUUGCGAUAUAAAUCCCUAAAUUCUUCAAGUGUUUUAAAAUUUAAAAACAAUUUUAAAGAAAAGUAUUAAAGUGAAUGUAAACUGCCAGACAGAUUAGAAUUACCUAAAUUUAUAGUAUGUGGAUCAACUACUUAAAAUAGUAUUUCUAUUGUUAAACUUUUGUGUACAGAGCAAUGAUUAACUAUGACUUCACAAAAUAUUUUGUGCUUAGGCUACUUUAAGAGUUGUUUUAAUUAAUACAAUAAAUAAUAUAUUUCACAUCAUGUUUGGUGUAUUUACAUUAUGUUUAAAACAGUAUGAUUGACUCACUAUUACUUUCAAGGUAGGGAAUUUACAAUGAUUAUUGCUAAAACAAAUCUAUAAAUAUCCAAUUCUAUUCGUUACAUAAAAGCAUUGAUUUACAAAACAGUGGUUUAAUUUCAACAGGGUAGAUAAAAUAACAAACUUAUUAAAUUCUGAAUAGAUUUAACACCCAUUUUAAUUUUGUAAUUAGUUAUAUCAUAAACAGUAUAAGUUAAAUAAGUUACCAUACCGUACUUACUUUAUUAGGAAUCUCCAUGCGCUACAUGUGACCACUAUGUGUUAGUUCCUAAAUGCACAAGAGAUUUAGAUACUGUAACUCCAAGAGUGUUGAAUAGUAUUUUAGAUUAGAUUCUGUAUUAGAAUAGUUGCCUGUUCUUACCAUAUUAAGUGUAAAUUAAGCACCGAUCAAUAGAACUUCUCUAGUAUAUAUGUUUUUCAAGAAUAUCACUUUCUAAAUUAUGUUACAUUGGACAUGACUAUCUUGACAACAUUCUGAUUCUUGAUCUGGAAUGGAUAUAAAAUCUAGAAAUGUUAUUUGUUACUUCUCACAAUUACAUAUGGACUACUGCUACUCUACUGAUGUACACACAGGGUUAAUGCCAAAAUGCAGAUCAGUUGGACAUUUCAAUAAAAAUUAAUUCUAAUAGAUUUUAUGUCAGGAUGACCUAGUGGUCUAAGGUGGUGGUUUUCUAAUACAGACAACUUGUAAUCCGAGACAAGUAGGACUUGGUGUAUAUGACAGAAUUGGUGUAUUAUUACUGUAUACUAUGUACUAUUUAUAGAGCAUCUAUUGCAUUUCUCAUUUUUUAAUUGAAAACACAUUUGAAAUAUAAUAAUUUACAAGAUGGUGAGAAACUCAUAUGAUAUUCAAAUAUGGCCACAGACUUAUAUUUUGUGUAGAAAUAAAAUUAUGUGUCAUGGUAUAAACCGGUCUUCUCGUAUAACAAACAAACAUGUUUUCAAACAACUAUAAAAAAACUAAUUAUAUUAUUUAUAAAAGCAGUUAUUUUUAGAAAAUAAAAUAAAUACCUUUGAUAAUCAGGUAACAUUAAUUGAGCUUUAGCUUGUGUAAUAAUUAAAUCACAUUUUACACUUUUUAUAUAGGAUCAAUUACAUGGAGUCUGAAGGCACCGUAUUCCUCUCAAUUAUUAUUGGAAAUGUUAAUUGGGUCAAAUAGUAAUCAUGUGAUGUUUAAUCUUAAAAGUCUUCAUGAGAAAAUAGUUACACAAGAAAAAUCAAUUGAAUAAUUUACUGUUAAAACAAUGAAAGCUAUUUAAUAUUCUCAAAAAUUUUUAGAUAAAAAAUGAGCCACUAAGUUUUUUAAUAUGUAACGCACUAAUUAUGAGCUUAAAACAUAAUUAGAACAGUGAGAUGUAAAAAAUAGAAUUAACAAAAUAUGUAUACAUGUUUUAUUAAAAAGGGAGGGUGAGUGUACAAAACCAAAAUUAGGUAAAUUGUAUAUUUGAACUUUUGCUAUCUUACAUAAUUUAUCUUACUGUAAAAUGAGUCCAGGUCUUUAAAAUGAGAUAUUGUAUAGUUAUUUGUUUCACCUAAAACCUCCAUCCAUUUACCUAUGACUGCAAUAUUCAAAAUGUGAUUCUAUUAGAUAAUCCCUGCAUCAGAAUCGGUUGCUGCAAAUCACAUUCAAAUAACUCAAGUAAUAAAAUACUACUUGAUGCAACUUGUACAAAAAUGUGGACUUUGCUUUUUCCAUAAAAAGGGGCUGUGGUAUAUAAUAUUUCAUGAAUAUUUUGUUUUUGCUACUAUUAUGCAUUGUACUGGGAUUAAAAUUAGGAAAUUCAUUCAAAUUUCCAACAUCACUUAAUCAUUAUGUUAAGUUUUUAUAACUUCAUAUAAUUUGAAGAACAUUUUAUGAAAUACAAAAGAUAUAAGAUACAUUAUUCAAAAUAAAUAGCAUUUUCACAAUGAAACUUCCUAAAGACAAUGCUUCUGGAAUUCAGUUUGAGUUAUUGCUUGUCAUUUAAUGGACUAAAACCAUAAGCAUAACACAACACACAAGUAUUCAUACAAAACAAAUAUUCAGAAGACCCACUAAUUUACACUCAGUCUAUUACAAAAUAGAUUGAAGAAAAUAAAGCUAUAUCAACCUAUUAGUCUUAAACAUGUUAUUUGCUAUCUGUGUUUAAAUAUGGUUUGUGCCAUAGAUGAUUUUGUAGUCCUGUAUUCAUUAGCGUAGCAAAACAGAGGUUUACCUUAAGGCGUUUAAAUUUGUCCUAUACUCACUUCACUCAUAAAAACACUAACUUCCUUGAUGUACUGUCAAACUUUCUUAAAAAUUGCGUUGCAUACGAGUAGAGCUCUGUUCAUACUACACAUGUGUAUUUUGUGGUGUUAAGUGUGGCAUUAUUGUUUUUGUAAAGUGGAUAUUCUUGAUGUCUUUUAGUGUCAUUUUUAUACAAAAGGCUUUAAUUAGCUUUAUAAGUUAAAGCUGAAUUCUAAAGUAAUGUCCGUCAAUUAUAAUUUACGAGAAACCUGCGGUUUUAACAUGUGCACCUGUGUUUAUGGUGAACUUACUAAUAUUACUUUCACAACUACUGCUUAGAAUGCUAACAGUAAAGCUUCAUCCUUUUAACACCAGUGCUAUUUAAUAGGUAUGUUGAAUCAUAAAAAAUAAUUAGAUUAUAUAUUUAUGAAAACAGUGUGUUAGUAAAAAAAAUCUACUUUAAUUGACAGUAAAUGUUGCUUGUUUCAAUGUGUGAUUAGUGUGUGUAUGUUGUAUUAGAAUACAAAAACAUUUCACUAAACAAAACAAAAUAGAAAUUUAACAAGAAAUCUUUAAUGAUGAUACCUCUAAAAUAAUGAUGUUUAGAUUUUUUGGUUGUUACUCCUACGAAUACUGGACAAAGACGCACAAAGUAGAGUAUACCAGAUGUGCAUUUGAUAAGUUACUAUGACAAAACAAAAAAUUCAAGAUAAGAAAAUUAUAGAGAGUGAUUUGCUUGAAAAUUAAUCCAAACAAAUACUGCCAUUUAAAUGUGUAGAAAUUUAUAUAUAGAGGUAUGUAAAAGGUUACAUUAAUGUAUAAAGUGUAAUGUUAAUGGUUGUUAGUGAGGGAACACUUAAACAAAGAUUUCUAAAUAAAAUCCUUAAAGUGCUCAAAUAAAGUAUGUUUGUUGAUACAA